GGACGAGACCGCAAUGAAGCUCAAGACGGAGGAGUUUCGCGCAGAGUGCGAGAAGAAGAUGCGCGAGAAGGAAGCAGAAGUGGCCCGCAAGACGGAGGAGUUCAAGGCGGUUUGCGAGGGCCUCGCGAAGGAGAAGAUGGAAAUGAACAAGCAGCUGGCGCAGGUCCGCUCCGAGAGCGAGCGAGAAGCUGCCGCGAAGCAGGACAUGGAAAGAAGAAUGGCUGCGCACGCCGUGGCAUGCGAGGAAAAGAUGAAAGAGAAGGAAGAGGAGAUGAGGCGGAAGACUGAGAGGAACCGUGCGGAGUGCGAGCAGCUCGAGAAGGAAAAGCAGGACAUGCAAAAGCAAAUGCAAGUCUUCAGGAACGACUGCGAAAGCAGAAUGGCGGAGGAGAAGGUAGAGAUGUCAAAGAGGACGGAUGCUUUCUUCUCCGAGUGCGAGAAGACCAUGGAGGCGAACGAGAAGGAAAUGGUCAGGCAGACAGAAGAGUUCAACGCCGAGCGUAAGAAAAUGGAUGCUGAAAGAGCAGAGCUGAGGAAGAGCAUGAACACUUUCCGUGCCGACAGCGAGCGCAAGAUGGCGGAGGAGGAGGCCGCGAUGAGGCGCAAGAUGCAGGAGCUGCGCGCGGAGUGCCAGCGCAAGGUCGCCGAGGAGAAGGGCGCCGCGGAGCGGGUCUUGCGAGAGGCGCGGCAGCACACCGAGGAGCAGCUGCAGAAGGAGCGGGCCGUCACUGACAGCAUCAUGACCGUCUUGAGGGAGCUCCCUCCGCUGCAAGCGGCGAUGGAGCUGGGGGACCUCUGCCUCCUGGAAGCCGAGCUCAGGAAGUGGAGGGAGCGGGACUACUCGCACUUCGGCGAGUGCAAGGGCGUGGUCGAGGCCAUCGUGAAGCUGGCCCAGGAGCGGCUGGUCACGUGGCGAGGAGUGGAGCACACCUGGAAGGACGUGCUGAGGGAAGUCGAGCGUUUGCCCGGAACUCAGCAGGCCCUCACCCAGCACAGCCAGCGCAUCUUCCGGGCGCUCAAGGAGUCGCAGCUCACAAAGAUGGACAUCCGCAGGAGCGACCCGAACGCCCUGGAGCGCCUUUGCGAAGUCAUUCUGGCCUGGCAGGCCAAGGCGAUGUCUCACUGCAACGCUGUUCAGAAGCUGAUCGUGCAGAAGGUGGUGAACUGCCCUCGGCUGGGCGCCUUCGACUUCGCGGACCUGGACAUCUGCCUGCGCCUGGUCGACCGCUGCGAGAGCUCGAACACCGUGUUCCUCUCGCGUGCGCAGGCGAUCAUCGAGGAGCCGUCCACGGAACCGAAGGACAUGCGCGCGCUGCUGUCGCACGUGGAGACGAUGCUGUUCUUCCUCAAGUACGCCGCCAGCGAGGACCUCGGCCUGACGCACCUGGAGUUCCGGAGGCAGGCCAGGAAGCUCGAGCCCGCCGUCGCUGGGUACCUCGCCUGGGCCGAGCGCGAGUACCCGCCGGGGCAGGAGCUGGUGCGCCUGCCGGCGGGGCGCGGCCUCGUGGAGACGAAAGACGUGGAGACCGUCCUGGAGGAGCUGCGGAGGCCGGCGCCGGGCAUGCUCAGGGCCGAGGGCCUCGGGCCUUUCAGGGAGAUCUUCUACCAGUGGGCCCAGGCCAUGCACGCCAAGUUCGACCUCCUGGUCCUGCCGCACCACACGCAGGUGAUCACCCUCCUCGCGUUCAAGUGCUUCCUGGAGGCCGAGCAGACCAAGCACACCCCGCACUCGCUGAUCGCCCAGGUGGGCACCGGCGAGGGCAAGUCCAUGAUCGUGGCCGCCCUGGCCAUCUACGUCGCCGUGGUGCUCGGCAAGAAAGCGCACGUCGUGGUCGACGAUGAGACCCUGCUCGAGCGCGACUUCUCGAAUUUCAAGCGGCUGUUUGACAAUUUCGAGGUGCCCGCCAGAGCGGGGCGACCGAAGCGGCCGUUGUAUUCCGUUCUGUGCGCAUCCGCGGACAAGGUGUCGGCCAACAGCACCGACAAGAGCCUCGUCCUGCGCGUGGACCCGGAGGCAGAUAUCUGCUACUGCGAGGCGAAGCACGUGCAGUCGUUCUAUGCCAGCAUCGCGCGGGGCGUUGACGCGAACUUCGACGAAUACAAAAAUCGCGUGCUCAUCCUGGACGAAGUCGAUGCCUUGGUGAUCGACGAGGAGCCCAAUGAGGCGUUCGUGUACCCCAAUGCGGAGUUGAGCGAUAUGGCAACAUCCAUCGCGGGAUCUUUGGCACGGGACGCCACUGUCCAGGAGCUUCGCGCUCUCCACUCGGGCUCCCAUCCUGCCGGAGCUCGGGUCUGCAGCGAGAUGGUGAAGGAGUGGAGCCAUGCUGCCCAGAUGACGCCUGGUGAAGACUUCGUGUUCGUGAAGGAGGCAGGCAAGUACUGCGCGCUCCAGUCGGGCCGCGCCAACCCCAAGGCAUGGUCCUUGGCGCUCGAGUGCCGCAACUUCCAGGACGGUCUCAGCCGAGACAUACUGUUCCAGGAGCGGCUCUUCGUGAUGUCGCGGCCGCGGGUGUUCCGGAAAUACAGCCGCAUACUGGGCUUGAGCGGGUCCAUCGGAAGCCAGCCCGAGCGCGACUUCCUUCGGGACACGUAUAAGGCGUCCUUCUUCGAGGUGCCGCCGUUCCUGAAGACCUGCCGCGGGUCGCCCUUCCACGAGGCCGUCCCGGCGAGUCUGGGGGAGCAGCAAAAGGCGGUCUACGUGGAGGCCGGCCAGGAGAACCAGAUCACGCGCCUCAUCGAGGUUGCCCUGGAAGCGCGAGAGCGCGUGCCCGUCCUGGUGGUGGCGAAGGACCGCGUCACUGCCGAGCACGUGGUGGAGCGGCUGCGCCAGGGCGCCCGCUCGCGCGGCUUGGGCUCCGCGAGCGAGGAUGCGGUGCGGUCGCUGUCGCGGACGCUGUACGAGGCCGACCCGGAGCAGUGGAAGGAGAACCUGAACAGGGCCACGAUGCCCGUGGGCGACGCGGCGGUGGGCAGGAAGGCGUGGAGGAUCACGGUGACGGACCCCCGCGGCGGUCGCGGUACGGACUACAGGGUGGACGACUCGGACGUGGAUGCGCAGGGCGGCCUGCUGCUCAUACCGACCUUUGUGCCGACUUCGCGGCGCGACUGGACGCAGUUUCUGGGCCGCACUGCCCGCCAGGACCGGCGGGGGCAGUUCUGCUGCGUCCUGAACGAUGCCGACUACAGGGCUCUCAGCGAGAAGUACAACGCAGCCCUGCCUCACGGCGGCUCCACAGAAGCGGUGAGUGCCGUCCUCAAUUGGGGCGACCAGGAGGCUGCGGGCCGCAUCAGAGGCUCCGCCGCGCUCUACAACACGGGAGUGCGCGUCAACGAGCUCUGCGAGGAGGUGUUCUCAAAGAGCCCACAUGUCCUGUCGGACCCCCACGCCAGGGAGCGCCUGGUGGACAUCUGCCAGCGCCACCGGUGGAUGAGCGUCGAGGAGGUGACAGAGGCUUUCGCUCGCCUGCCUGGGCUGAACGUGGCGUCCCUUCCGACGGAAGCCCACGACAUGGGGCGCCCGCAGGAGCCCCCCACGCCGCGGAUGCGGGCGCCCGCGCAAGGAGCUUACCAUCUGCAGGCGCUGGUCGGCGCUGGGGUCGCCUCGGUGUUGCCGGCCGCGCCGAAGGUCGUGGUCUUCUGCCUGGACUGGAGCGCCUCCAUGAUGUCGCGGGACACGAGAACGCCCCUGUCGCGCUUCGAGAUGUGCCAGCAGAGCGUGCAGAGGAUCCUGGACGACCAGGUGCGUGACUGCGACUUCGUGAGCGUCGUCGGCUUCGGGCCGACCGUGGAGACGGUGAUCCCCCCCACGCCCAAGGGAGCGGGCGCUCAGGCCAUCCACGGCCGCAUCGCCAGCCUCCGGCCCUCUGGCGCGGGGGGCACGUGCUUCUACGACUCGGUGGUCACCUCCCUGCAGCUGCUCGGCCAGCCCGGCCUGGCUCCCGCGGAGGGCAUGCGCUGGCUCGUCUGCCUGACGGAUGGUGACGACCUGGGGAGCCAGCGAGGCAACCAGAGCGGGGAGAUGGUGAACCAUAUCCUGAACACGCAGCCCCCCGCCAACCUGAACAUGGUGAUGAUAACGGUCGGCCCCCUGAGGGAGCAAAACCUGCGGAUAAUGGACUCGUGGGUGGACCGAGUCUCUAAGGGGGGUGGACAGGGCAUGCGCAUUUCCGAGAAGGAUGCCGUCAACAUUACCAAGGCGUUCGAUGUGGUGGCGGAGUGCUUGGCCGCGGAUGUAGGCGGAGCAGUGGAAUGCUAAUGUCGAGUCUUUGUUUCUUUCUUUUGUUCUCGAGUCUUGAGCAGAGGGGGUGCAGCGGAACAGGAGGCGGGGACCUCGGCUGCGGUCGAGAGGGAGCUUGGGUCCUGAACUGGGCCCGCCCGCUGUACAAUUGAGGAAGCUCUUCCAGGUUGGGCGACGAGCAGGCCAGACUCCGCGAGACCCUCGCCGUCACCGCCCGGGGGGUCUGUCUCGAUCGCCCCUGGGCGCAACGCCCCCACGCGUGUCGCUUCUGGCUCGCUUGCGUGGUGGACUUUCCUCCUUCAGCAUGUGCAUGUAGAUGUGAAUCGAGCAGCGUGUCUGAGGUCGAGAGAAA